AUGUCGCGCUUCAUUCCGAAGUCCAAGAAGGCGAAGCACGAGAAGUCUGAGGAAGAGAAGCCGGAGAAAGAGAAGUUCAAGAAAAUUACAUACGCUGAUUCUUUUACGGGGAGCUUCUCCAUUGCAGCAAAUAAAGACGACUUGCUUAGCAUCCUCCGAACCAGCAAGCUGAGUGGGAAGAGUUUACACGAUCUCAUAAAGAUGAGAUCAGGAUCUAAGGCCCUGAAAAAACAGUUCGUUCUCUUUCGUUCCGUAUGGAAGGCUGCUGUGGAACCCGGAGAGUCGUUAGCAAACAUGACUCGCUACAAGCUGGGAGGCGCUCUGGAGCAAGCCGUCAAUCUCGUGAACGGGUCACAGGAAGUGGAAAAAUAUCUUGCAUUGCUCAAGCAUCUGCAUCUUGUCCCCGAUCUGCAAGAAGGUGACCCACAAUGGGCAGGGUCUUGGAUGCCAGUGUUGAGAUUUCACGCCAAGUGCGUGGCUUUCUCUCGCAAGGAAGACGAUACGCGUGUGGUUCCAGUCCGUCUUCCUGCGCGUCGAGGUCUCUCACCCCCCCUGAAGAGGAGAGCGGAAGAGGCAGCUCGCCCCCCCACCGAAACCGGCCUUCCUGGAGAUGACGAGGACCCCACAGGAGAUGAGUCGAUAGUUAACGCCGCACUUAUCCUCUUUCUCGAUGCCGCCGCUAGCCUUGUACGAUCAUCACAAUGCGAGUUCACCAUGGUCCGCGUCCCGUUCAUCGCCAAUUUCCAACACGCAACAUUUACAGCCCUGACCGACGGGGCUCUUUGGGUCCGAAGUACUGAAGCUAUCCGUGGCAUAAUUGAAGUCAAGAAGGCUCGGCGAUCAAAGAUCGGUGAUAAAGUUACUAUGCAAGAAGCUGCAGAGUUGGUGGGAUGGAUUAUGAACAGCCAGCCUUGGGAAGAAGCUUACUCCGGAUAUAAAUGCCUGAUAUGCGAGGAUGGUGAUGAAGCCUGGCUCUCAUUCGCCAAGCCGACCGAACCCUAUGCCGCUUACCUUCGUGAUGGCACCGUGGAUGAAGACGCGUUGCUUAUUGUGGAACGAUAUGGACCGUAUAGGGUGGAUAAUGCGGAGCACAUGUUACUCCUUCUCUACGCAGUUGUCGCGAUAUACCUUCAAGCUGUCACCUUCGAUAAUGUAUCCCAAGCCUAG